AUGGGACCUGGCAUGAUUGAUGAAGCAGAGGAAUCAGAAACGGAUGACGAUCUCGAAGAGGCACUGCUUCUUCUAUCAUGCUAUAUAAGAAAAAUAGAGGACGUGCGGGUUGAUUCAAGAAGAUUUGUGUUUGCAGAUCCUAGAAUAUACCACGACUCCACGCUCAGAUAUCUCACAGAAAGACAGACGAUGCUUAUACAAGUCAUAAUUGAUAGAUACAUGGACAAAACAGCAAUUGCACACUUAAAUCAUGCAACUCAAUCAGAAGUUCAUCUUUACAUGGGGUUUUGCUACGAAAAAGGUCUUUUUGGCGCGAAUAUGUGCCAUGCAACUGCAUUCAACCAUUACAUCUUAUCUGCACAACUAAACAAUCCAAUGGGAACAUUCAGAGUCGCACGGUGCUAUGAAAAAGGCAUAGGAAAGCAAAAAAAUACAAAGAAAGCACUUUACUUCUACAGAUGCGCUGCAAAACUCGGGCAUGUGGAUUCUAUGCACAUAUACGGAGCAACUAUACUAUUCGGAAACAAUAUAUGCAGCAGAAAGAUGGAGGCAGGAUACUUCUAUUUGAGCCUUGCGGCAAAAAAAGCAAGCAGCUUCUAUCCAUAUGCAUUAUAUGACUUUGCAAGGUGCUAUGAGGAAGGAAGUAAAAUCGAUAUUCUGCCAAAAGAUCCUGAAUAUGCAUUCAAGAAUUAUAUGAAGGGUGCAUGCCUUGACUGCCCAAACUGUCAGUUCAGAGUAGGACUGUGCUUUGAAAACGGUGAGCUUGGACAGGAAAGAGAUGUGCUGAGAGCCGUUGAAUGGUACUUCAAAGCUGCAGAUCUUGGGCAAUCAGAUGCACAGUUGAGAAUCUCUGCCUUAUUCCUCAAUGGAUAUAAAGACGUGCUUGACAAGAACCAUGAGCUUGCAUUCAGGUUUGGGAUUCGAGCAGCCAUCCAAGAACAUGUUGUUGCUGCAUAUCUUGUUUCUGAUUAUUAUAUCCAGGGUAUAGGAAUCAAGAAAAGCCGAGUGCUUUCAUCAUGGUGGAGCUUAAUAGCAGAGGAGUUAAGAGCAAACCAAAAUAUAGGACUGCCUGAGAGGAUCAAGGUCGUUGUUAUAGAUAAUGAGAUAGAUCAUGCAGAUUUUGAAGAUGGGAUGAUCGGCGGAUUGAUAAGAGCGCAAUAA